AGCCGCAGCAACAAGUGGGGACAGCGCGUCGCCCGCUGCCGGGACCGGGACCGGGACCGGGACCGAGCCGGAGCCGAGCGGGAGCCGGAGCCGCACCGGGGCGGGGCCGCGCCGCGCCGCCCCCGGCCGAGCCGAGCCCAGCCUCUCCCUGCUUUUCCAGGGCACGUCAUGCCUAAGACGUAAGCAGUGUUCAAGGGAAAUAAUGCCGUGUCACCCCCCUGCCCUCCACUUUCCUCCAGCAGUAAGAGAGGCUUUGCAGGAGUGCAGAGGAGAUGCCCUGCCGGCCGGCAGCUCCUGCAGCAACCAAGGCAUUGCCAGCAGCCAUGCUGAGCUGCCCAGGUGCAAGAUGACACUCGCAAUCAUACCGGCAGCCAGCGUCACCCAGGCUUUCUUUUGCCUCCUCCUGUGUGUCUCCUGGGGCAGCUCCUGCCCCCCGAGCUGCCAGUGCACAGAGCGGGCAGGAGCGAAGGCAGUCCUCUGCAGCUCCCAGCACUUGGAGGAGAUCCCCAAGGACAUCCCCAAAGACGCUGUGUUCCUCAAGCUGGAUGCCAACAGCAUCACCAAGAUCCCCAGCAAUGCCUUCAGGCACCUGUCCCACCUGGAGGAGCUUGACCUCUCCAGGAAUGCCAUUGAGAAGAUCGACAGGGCGGCUUUCAAAGGGGUAGCUGCCGGGCUGCGCACCCUCGACCUCUCCAGCAAUCGCAUCCGCAGCAUCCCCAAAGAGGCUUUGCUGAUGCUCAAUGCCAAGCUCCGGCUGGCCAACAACCCCUGGCACUGCGAGUGCGCCUUGCAGGAGGUCCUGUGGGAGGCACGGCUGGACCCUGACUCCGUCCAGGACAUCACCUGCCACACAGCCCCACGGGAGGAGUAUGUGGGGAAGCCCCUGCUCCAGGUUCUGGAUGCUGGUGUCAACUUCUGUAGCGUGCGCCAGAGGACCACAGACGUGGCCAUGUUCAUCACCAUGUUUGGCUGGUUUGCUAUGGUCAUCGCCUAUGUGGUCUGCUAUGUCCGGCACAAUCAAGAGGACACCCGCAAGCAUGUGGAGUACCUGAAAUCAUUGCCAAGCACCCAGGACCCUGCAGAGACCAUCAGCACCGUCCUGUAGCGCAAGAUUGGGGUGCUUUGUUCCCAGCUCCUUUGCGGAGAGCCAGUGGCAGCUUGGUGGGCUUCAAAGCUUCUUUACAGGAUUUUCCUGAGGAACUGCAUUUUGGCAUAACCUCAACAGCAGCCAUCCCUUCCUGGGCAAUGUGCAGGCCUUUGUGUGCUUUAUGUUGCUGCUAAUCCUGGGUCCAGACAAAGCGUGACAGGAUAUGGCCUGUUCUCUGCACAGAGCUCCUCAGUGGAGAGCACCCAGUGCCUUUGGAGAGCAAGAGCUCCCAGGCCCAGGCAGGAAAGCAAUUCCCAGCCAGGCACAUCUCCAGCAAUGCCAGUGCCUGCUCUGGUCCUGCAAACAGGUGCCAGUGACCACCCCGGCAGGGAUGGAGGCAGGGGCCUGGAGCCAACUCCAGCAACCCCAGACCAAGCAUGGGAGAGUGACGUGGUGGGGGAUGCAGAGGGGAGGUGCAGGUGACACCCCUGGUGCAGACCUGCCUAUGGAGCUCAGGGACCGGGGGAGAAAAUCUCCCCGGCAUGAGUGCCCACUGCCAGCCAGGCUAGCAGGGAAAGCAGCCACAGCCACACCGCUUGCGGUUCACAUGGUUUGGAGAGAACAGGCCCAUGGACACAGAUGGGGACAGAGGCAUUUGCGGGGCCCUCUCGCUUCACUCUGCCUCUUCAAGGAAAGCUGCGGUACCUGAAGCCUGCGGUGGAGAGGGACAGGCCGGUCCAUGCAGCACGAACUUCCCAUCAUGGCUCCAACAAGAGACCAGCCUUGCAGAGAGCAGGACAUCAUCCCCAGCCCCCACAGCAUCUCAACAGCCCCCACUUGCCACUGGCAACCUCGGGAUGUUCUCCUAAACCUUUGUUUUCUCAAUAAAGCCCUGCACCUGGGAAAAGCCCCUGGGGUUUCCUU